CGACUCUUUCAUGUCUCGCUUCUGAAAAUUUAGUGUUCCCUUUCCCUCAAAAAUUUAGUGUUCGCAGUUCCGCUCAUGUAACCCUAACCAGAAGGGAAAUUCAGUACGCAUGGCGGCAGCCCAGGUUCGAUUAAGCGCAUUCCGAGCAUCCACUUCCGCCACCGGACGGCCGAGCGCCUCCGCUACUUCAUCUUUUCCUUCACCGCCAUCGAAGACUACAGCAAAUAGCUUCGUUGCGUUCUCUCCCUACGGGCCACAAUUGUGU